CGGGAGCCGGCCAAGUCGGCAGCGGUUGGCGGCGGCUCUUUUCUCCGUCUUCUCUCCGCGAAGGUGUUGUGUCGGCGGCGGGAGACAUGAGGGGCCGCGGGGCGCCGCGCCGCAGCGGCGGUGGCGAGCACAUGGUAUAGCCGGGGACGGCGGCAAGUGCCUGGCUGAGGUAACAGCGGUCUGGCAGUGCGAGCGCGGCGCCCUGCAUGUGGAAAGUGAGGCGAGCUAGGGAGCCCGGCGGCACCGGCGAGCACCCGGCGGCGCAGUCUUGAGUGCCCGGGCAGCGACGGCCGCCCGCCCGCCAUGGAUUGCAGCCUUCUCCGGACCCUCGUGAGCCGAUACUGUGCUGGAGAAGAGAAUUGGGUGGACAGUCGGACUAUUUACGUUGGGCAUCGUGAACCACCUCCAGGCACUGAAGCAUACAUUCCACAGAGAUUUCCAGAUAACCGAAUAGUCUCAUCAAAGUACACGUUUUGGAACUUUGUACCGAAAAAUUUGUUUGAGCAAUUCAGAAGAAUAGCUAACUUCUAUUUCCUCAUCAUUUUCCUUGUUCAGUUAAUUAUUGAUACACCUACUAGUCCAGUUACAAGUGGACUUCCACUUUUAUUUGUCAUCACUGUAACAGCUAUCAAACAGGGUUACGAAGAUUGGCUUCGACAUAAAGCUGACAAUGCAAUGAAUCAAUGCCCUGUUCAUUUCAUUCAACAUGGUAAAUUGGUUAGAAAGCAAAGCCGAAAAUUAAGAGUUGGAGAUAUUGUAAUGGUGAAAGAAGAUGAAACAUUCCCAUGUGACUUAAUAUUUCUAUCAAGUAGUAGAGGAGAUGGAACAUGUUUUGUUACUACAGCUAGUUUGGAUGGGGAAUCCAGUCAUAAAACUUACUAUGCUGUUCAAGAUACUAAGUCAUUUCACAAUGAGCAAGAAAUCGAUGCACUUCAUGCUACCAUUGAAUGUGAACAACCUCAGCCUGACCUUUAUAAAUUUGUUGGUCGGAUAAAUGUUUACCACGAUAGGAAUGAGCCUACUGCAAGGCCAUUAGGAUCUGAAAAUCUGCUUCUUAGAGGAGCCACUUUAAAGAAUACAGAAAAAAUCUUUGGUGUUGCUAUCUACACUGGCAUGGAAACUAAGAUGGCAUUAAAUUACCAGGCAAAAUCACAGAAACGAUCUGCUGUAGAAAAAUCAAUGAAUGUAUUCCUUAUUGUAUACCUCUGUAUUCUCAUCAGUAAAGCACUAAUAAAUACUGUCCUGAAGUAUAUGUGGCAGAGUGAACCAUUUCGUGAUGAGCCGUGGUAUAAUCAGAAAACAGAGCCAGAAAGGAAAAGAAAUGUGUUUCUUCGAGCUUUUACAGACUUCCUUGCAUUCAUGGUUCUUUUCAACUACAUUAUUCCUGUGUCCAUGUAUGUCACUGUGGAAAUGCAGAAAUUUCUUGGUUCUUAUUUCCUUACGUGGGAUGAGGAGAUGUUUGACGAGGACACAGGUGAAGGACCACUGGUUAACACUUCUGACCUCAAUGAAGAAUUGGGACAGAUUGAGUAUGUCUUCACAGAUAAAACAGGAACGUUAACCGAGAACAACAUGGAAUUUGUUGAAUGUUGCAUUGAAGGGCAUGUUUAUGUACCACAUGUUAUCUGCAAUGGCCAAAUUCUCCACGAUUGUACAGGCAUUGAUAUGAUUGACUCUUCUCCAGGGGCAAGUGGAAAGGAGAGAGAGGAACUAUUUUUCCGAGCUCUUUGUCUUUGCCACACUGUUCAAGUAAAAGAUGAUGACAGCGUAGAUGGAUUGAAGAAAAACCAUCUGUCAAGAAGAUCUUGUAUAUAUAUUUCAUCAUCACCUGAUGAAGUAGCUUUAGUAGAGGGAAUACAGAGACUUGGUUACACCUAUCUAAGGCUGAAGGACAACUUUAUGGAAAUCUUAAAUCGGGAAAAUAACAUAGAAAAGUUUGAAUUAUUAGAGGUUUUGAGUUUUGAUUCUGUGAGACGGCGAAUGAGUGUAAUUGUUAAAUCUUCAACAGGUGAUAUAUUUCUGUUUUGUAAGGGAGCAGAUUCUUCCAUAUUUCCUAGAGUUAAAGAAGGCAAAAUUGACCAAAUACGAUCCAGGGUUGAACGGAAUGCAGUGGAGGGGCUGCGAACAUUGUGCGUAGCGUAUAAAAAGCUCACAGCAGAAGAGUAUAGCAAUGCACAGAAACUGCUUCAGAAUGCCAAGCUGGCCCUCCAAGACCGGGAAAAGAAAUUGGCAGAAGUGUAUGAGAAGAUAGAAAGAGAUUUUAUUUUACUUGGUGCUACAGCUGUUGAAGAUCGACUACAAGAAAAAGCUGCCGACACUAUUGAAGCUCUCCAGAAAGCUGGAAUUAAAGUUUGGGUUCUGACAGGAGACAAAAUGGAGACUGCUGCAGCUGCUUGCUAUGCUUGCAAACUCUUCCGGAGAAAUACACAAAUACUUGAGCUAACUACAAAGAAAAUUGAGGAACAGAGUUUACACGAUGUGCUUUUUGACCUAAGCAAAACUGUCCUAAGACACAGUGGCAGCUUAACCAGGGAUACUUUCUCAGGACUCUCAACCGAUAUGCAAGAUUAUGGUUUAAUUAUUGAUGGGGCAGCAUUAUCAUUAAUAAUGAAACCAAGACAAGAUGGGAGCUCUGGUAACUACAGAGAACUCUUUCUUGAAAUUUGCAGGAAUUGCAGUGCAGUGUUAUGCUGUCGAAUGGCACCUCUGCAAAAAGCACAGAUUGUAAAAUUGAUAAAAUUAUCAAAGGAGCAUCCUAUCACAUUAGCAAUUGGUGAUGGAGCAAAUGAUGUCAGUAUGAUUCUAGAAGCACACGUUGGUAUAGGAAUCAUUGGUAAAGAAGGUCGUCAAGCAGCGAGAAACAGUGACUAUGCAAUACCUAAAUUUAAACAUUUGAAAAAAAUGUUGCUUGUUCAUGGGCAUUUUUAUUAUGUUAGGAUAUCUGAACUUGUGCAAUACUUCUUUUAUAAGAAUGUCUGCUUCAUUUUUCCUCAGUUUUUAUAUCAGUUCUUCUGUGGGUUUUCACAACAGACUUUAUACGAUACUGCGUAUCUAACACUGUACAAUAUCAGCUUCACUUCCCUUCCUAUCCUCUUGUAUGGUCUAAUGGAACAACAUGUCAGUGCAGACACACUGAAGAGAGAACCUUCCCUGUACAGAGAUAUUGCCAAGAAUGCUUUGCUGCGCUGGCGUGCAUUUAUUUAUUGGACAUUCCUAGGAGUGUUUGAUGCUGUGGUAUUUUUCUUUGGUGCCUAUUUCUUGUUUGAAAACACAAUUGUGACCAGCAACGGACAGAUGUUUGGAAACUGGACCUUUGGAACACUGGUGUUCACUGUGCUUGUAUUCACAGUUACUUUGAAGCUUGCACUAGAUACACACUAUUGGACAUGGGUAAACCACUUCAUGAUCUGGGGAUCACUGGUAUUCUACAUUAUCUUUUCUCUACUCUGGGGAGGAAUUAUUUGGCCUUUUCUCAAUUAUCAGAGGAUGUAUUAUGUUUUCAUGCAAAUGCUGUCUAGUGGUCCUGCGUGGCUGGGUAUAAUUCUGCUCAUAACUGUCAGCCUUCUUCCAGAUGUUCUCAAGAAGGUCUUAUGCAGACAGUUGUGGCCUACAGCAACAGAAAGAAUCCAGAAUGCAUCGAGGCACUGUCGGGAGCACAUCUCGGAAUUCACACCUCUUGCCUGUCUGAAAAGCCCCAGAUACAGGAGCAGUGACUGCAGCAAUUCCCCAGCAAGAAGGUCUAAUUCUCAUUCUAAAAAAAUGAUGUUUACGCACUGGAGAGGCAUUGAUUAUUCAGUACUUCCAUCUGUCUUUGGCUAUUCAAAUAAGCAUUGCCGUUCCAGUGCAGGCUACCGCUACAGUGGGUCGGGUUUGGAAACGUCUGUGUGACAGAACACCAAGUCAAGCCUUUAAAAACUGUGGGUUUGUUGAUUUCUUUUUUUUUUUUCAGGAAACAAACAUGUCACAGAAAUAUAUUAAACUAUACGUGGCUUUUGCUGUCUGAGGUAGUCUUCAGACAAACAGGAUCAAGAGCUAGAAGUAUGAACCCUUCCAGGCCAAUAGGCCUCUUUUUAUGUUUUGAACUACUGGAGCAAUGAACAAUCUGCACAGUCUGGUACUGUGAGACUGGUAGCACUAAUAAUUCUCUUCAUCCUGUGUCAAGACUUUUGUGCAUUUACUGCUUCUGUCAUCUUUAGUCAUUUUCUUUGUUACUUGAAGUGCAUAGUUUAAGUCAGUGACCUAAAUGUUAUGAUCAACAGUUUUAAUUUUCAGCCAGAAGCAAUGACCUCAGUUAUCUCCAAUGAAAGUCUCCUAAAGCAUAUUUAACAAAGUGCUGUUUCUGAUUUUCCUCUGUCCUUUUUCUUUCUUUGCUCUUUCUGUAGAACAAACUGGUGUUUCCUCUGUGCAAAUCUCCUUUCAAGAAACACUCUCUAAUGUUCACUUCCUUGUAAGUGGCCAAAUCAGGGCUAUGUCUGGUUUUCAGUUAGUUUUCCCCUGUAGAAAGAUAGGCAAAACAAUCCUUGCAUAGAGUACAUACACACUCUAUGAAGUCAAGUUGGCUGUUACCUAGGUAAAUAGCAUCAAUGUUAAUACCUACUUAAAAAUUGAAUGUAAGCAUUUUGCCUGAAAGGUCUUUGUCCAUUUGUCAGAGGUGCAGAUUACCCACUGUUCUCACUUCUUAUGCCCAUUAUCUUAAAAUAUGCUUAGCAGAAAGUACUAUACAUGAAGCACUUUUUUUUUUUGACACCUGUUUUUGCAAAUAAGUGUCUUUCACUAUCUGGAUUCACUCCCUUAAUUUUGAUUUUUUUGGUGUGUAUAUGGUUAAAUACUACAUUAUAAAGCACACAACUGUUAACUUUUGCAAGCAAACCACGAGGUGGCACACGGCUGUUUACUAACAGUUAAACCGUAGUUGUGAUAUAGAAACCAGUUUGACUGCAAGGAUUCUGUUGGAAUUACUUUCGGAAUGACAGCCAACUCGCACUUCUGUUUUCUCUGUUCCAUUUAUGUUACCUUGCACUAAUUCAACUGUUAGCUGUGUCCUUGUCUUGUUUCUUUAGUCCAGUGUUUUAUUUUGGGGUGCAAAAAGUAUCUGAAGGAUAAUCUAGUCUCAGUCGAUUUCAGCCUGGUGGUUAGAACUGGUUAGUAACCAUAGGUUUUAAAUGCCUCCAAGACGACAGCAGCUAAAAGUUCAUUUCAAUGUGAAAACAAAAUACUCGGAAUCAGAGCUGCAGCCUGUGUUGGAAGACCUGGCCAAGACAUUGUUUAUUGACUUCUGAAUGGACUAGGGUGGCAGAGAAAUAAUAUUUCCCUUUUUGUGUUUAAAAAAGAAAAAGAUGAAAAAUAGUUUACUUACUAAUUUACCUUUUUAAAUAAAAGAAAAAUCAACUUACUAGGAAAUGUUCCUCACCAUAUUCCGAGUUAUUUUCUUGUUAACCAAACAGUGAAAUGUUAUUAAAGUGGCCUGAGACAAGCAGAGAUUGUGAAGCGAGUUGUGAAAUUUUCAGUAUACCAAAGAUAAGAGAAUUUGUCUAACGGUGAGCACCACAGGUGAAGGUAUUUUUGCCAUUUAACAUGUAGCACUUUUAAGUUUCAAAGAAUGUCUUCACAGCAGUAACAUUUUGAAAUACAUACAUAUGCGUCUGGGUGUGUGUACAUAUACUUGCCAUUUGCAGACUUGAAUGUUGGUCAGUUAGAACCGUCCCCUACAUAAAACACUGGUGUAUAUAUUUUUAAAAAGUUAAUAUGGGUAUAAAUUUUAUACCGGUAGCAGUGACAAAUUUCUUGUGUGUAGUUAACAAAUUAUUUGUAAUGUAUUUUUUAGAAAUCUUAAAAUUGCCUUUGCACUGAAAUAUUUUUCAUACUGUAGCUAUUUAUAAAUCUGUUUUACGCAUACAUUUGUUAACACACCAUUUCUAUUUUUUUUAAGUACAUGUUUUGAAGGCUUUUUUUAUACCUAUGAGUUUUGGCCACUUAAAUUUAGCCUAGAGUGGAGUUGUGGCUGAAUGUUAAAAUUCUAAUGAAUGUCAAAUUAGAAAUAUAGGUCUAUUGCUCUGUCAGUCUCACCCAGUAGUCUCACCUGUUGACGUUUUGUUGGUAUUUGUGGUAGUGGCAAUCAGAGCACUGUACUUUCAGUGCUCUGCUAUUACUGCUAGCUUUUUUACUCUAACAGGCCUCCUGCUUUUUUACUUUUCAGAGUUCCAUCUUUUAGCCUUAAAUAGGGAGAUUCUUGCUUGAUGUUUUUCAAAUGCUGCGUUCUUGUUCUGCCUGCUAACAAAGCAGUUCAUUGCAAACUUCAUGUAGCCCCAUGCUUAGAAAUUACUGACAACGUUAUUUGGGCUGAAACUUACACAAGUGCUUGGGAAAUUUUAGUUAAACACAUCUUUUUUCGGAGGAGAAAGAAUGUUUGAAUUUAAGUGGAAGUUUCUGCUUUGAUUUAGCAAUACUUUUACCUUUAAACGUUGGUACUGUUUGUUUAGUAAAAUAGACCAUUUAAUGGAAAAAUACAUAAAACAUUAACUUUCACUUCAUUCAUAGAAUCAUAGAACUUGAUAUGCUUUUGCUUCAGUCCUCGUUACUAUUGCCAUGCAAACUUAGUCUGCUGCAGCAGGUGUGAACUUGGAGUUUCAUUGUAAACAGAUCAGAUGAUAUAAAGAUGAAAAUGUAGAAGUUAAAUCAAAGUGCAUUAGAAUGCUUUAUUAUGGACGGGACACUGCGAGGAGAGAGGUUUUUCGUGUAUUAAAAAUAAAGAGGAAAAGUAUAAAAAUCUAUAUAACUUCCUAACUUGCCUUGUUUAAAUUGUUGCAGCUUUAACAGCAUAGUGUCUCCAUAACUGCUUCUAUAAAUGUCUUGAAACUGGUAAGCGCUAACCAAAUGUAUGUGAAGACUUAGAAAGUAUUUCGAGCUUUUCAGCCACUGAACCUCAUAUAUUCCUGCAGUGGCUUGUGGCAAAAGAUCUGUUUUGUUUCACCAUGUACGAUAAUUGUUUGUCCAACCACUUAACGUAAAAGCUUACAGUUUAUUUUCUUGCUUGCAUUAGCGUGUUUGUCUUGACCCAACUGGCUUGCAAACAUAAAAGGAAAGAAAUAGCUUAAUUGAGUGACUGCACUACUUUUGUUUUGGAAGCCAGUGGGAUCGUCGUGCUCAUGUUACUGUCUCUGUUAAAAAAAGCUUUAAUGGAAAUCUGUGAAAGUAUUAUGAAAAAGUGUGUGAUUCUACUUUGCAGAAUAAUCAAAAAUCAGUUGAUCCAGCUUUAAUUUUUUUUUUUUACUUACAAAAACUCAGAGACUCUUAAUCUGCGUUGUCUGACAUAACCUCUGUGCUACGUACACAUUGCAUUUGAACUGUCCUUUCAUGACCUAAUGUAAAGUAGAAUCUGCGAAAGUUGCUGUAUGGGGGCUUGGGGGGUAGUUGCCUGUGCAUUACACAUUAAAGAUGUCUGUAGUCAUCAGCACCAAAUACUGACACUUCUUUUGAAUUGUGCAAUUAUAGGUGCAUUUAUUUGAAAAUAAAUCAGCCUUCAAAUCUAAUGUUUAGAUGAUCUUAUACCACUUCAUUUAUUUGAUUUGAAGAGUCAGUGUGUGAAUACCUUACUGUAAAGUUUCUUUUCAGUGCUACUUUUAACUUUUCUUUCUGUAGAUAACCAAAUAGAACUUGUUUAUAUUUGGUCACAUUUUGGAUCCUUAUGUAGAAUAUAUAAGCAGGAGAUGUGAAUCUGCUUGCAAUAAAUAGAAACAUUCAAGACUGGUUUAAGUUUGCUCACAAGUAAUUAAACUAAUUCUAGUAUGAGUAUGAGACGGUUUCAUAUUAUUCUGUAAUAAAAUGUAAGUAGAU